CCCUUUCCAGUGAACCCUUCUAAGAGCCUGGAGAUGAGUAAGGCUGGAUAGAACCAAGCUACGCUAGGCUGGACCAGGAGAGCCGACCGUGAGAACCCUUCCCCCAAGCUCAGCGCUCGGCCGCUUCUUUCUUCCCCGGGCGCCUGCGCAGCGCACUCUCCGGCCACCGCACGCCUCCUCAGCAGAGCCUGGAGACGCUGACGUCACCGCGCAGACUGCAAGCAACCCUUCGCUCCUUCAAGGAAAAUGAGUCCACGCACCUUCGGCUUUUCUUAGCCCCCAGAAAAUGUCCUCCCUCUUUCCAUCCCAGUGCCAACGACUUCCCCAGCCCGUCUCCUUUUGGCGGGACUUCUCCGUACUUUCGUUGGGCCCCGAAGGCGGCGGAGAGGAAGAGAAAGGGUGAAAGACCAAUUCGCGUUGUUUACAAGGAGUAGGCGAGUCUAGGAAUCGAUCCGCGAGGGCGGAGCCGAGGAAGCCGGCACUUCUUCCUCCCUUCCCCUCCCUCCCCAGCCUUCCCCGCGGGCGGACGCGGCAGCGCCUCUGCCUCGCUUUUUCUUAUUUUUUUCCCCCCCUUUCCCCUUUCUUUUUUUUUUUUUUUUCCCUCCCCCACUUUCACCAUUUCCCCUCGGAGGCGCUUUCCCCGGGCAGGGGCAGAGCCGGUCUCACCCCCCGCCUCUCCCCGGCCCCCGCCGCCCUAUGGCGAGAGGGAGCCCCCUCCCCACCCGGGCUCGAGCGGCCGCGGCCUCAGGCCGGGGGUCAUCAUGGAACUAAUUCGCUGACGAACCCAGAGGCCGCAGCUGUGCGUCCCGCUCGAGCGCUAGCGCCCGCGUCCCCCGGCCCGCUUCCGCCUCUUCUCCCUUCUCAGUCAGCCCCGUCGUCCCGCGCGCAUCGCCGCCGCGCGUCGAGCAGAAUGAGGUGGUAACGGGCCCCCGGAUGACCCCUCGUCACCAUUGUGAGGCCUACAGCUCUGCCGGGGAGGAGGAGGAGGAGGAAGAGGAGGAAAAGAAUGUUUCUCCAUCCCAGAGAGAUGAAGUAAUUCAAUGGCUGGCCAAACUCAAGUACCAAUUCAACCUUUACCCAGAAACAUUUGCUCUGGCUAGCAGUCUUUUGGACAGGUUUUUAGCUACUGUAAAGGCUCAUCCAAAAUACUUGAGUUGUAUUGCCAUCAGCUGUUUUUUCCUUGCUGCCAAGACUGUUGAGGAAGAUGAGAGAAUUCCAGUACUGAAAGUAUUGGCAAGAGACAGUUUCUGUGGAUGUUCCUCAUCUGAAAUUUUGAGAAUGGAGAGAAUUAUUCUGGAUAAGUUGAAUUGGGAUCUUCACACAGCCACACCAUUGGAUUUUCUUCAUAUUUUCCAUGCCAUUGCAGUGUCAACUAGGCCUCAGUUACUUUUCAGUUUGCCCAAAUUGAGCCCAUCUCAACAUUUGGCAGUCCUUACCAAGCAACUACUUCACUGUAUGGCCUGCAACCAACUUCUGCAAUUCAAAGGAUCCAUGCUUGCUCUGGCCAUGGUUAGUCUGGAAAUGGAGAAACUCAUUCCUGAUUGGCUUUCUCUUACAAUUGAACUACUUCAGAAAGCACAGAUGGAUAGCUCCCAGUUGAUCCAUUGUCGGGAGCUUGUGGCACAUCACCUUUCUACUCUGCAGUCUUCCCUGCCUCUAAAUUCCGUUUAUGUCUACCGUCCCCUCAAGCACACCCUGGUAACCUGUGACAAAGGAGUGUUCAGAUUACAUCCCUCCUCUGUCUCAGGCCCAGACUUCUCCAAGGACAACAGCAAGCCAGAAGUGCCAGUCAGAGGUACAGCAGCCUUUUACCAUCAUCUCCCAGCUGCCAAUGGGUGCAAGCAGAUCUCUGCUAAACGCAAAGUAGAGGAAAUGGAAGUGGAUGACUUCUAUGAUGGAAUCAAACGGCUCUAUAAUGAAGAUAAUGUUUCAGAAAAUAUGGGUUCUGUGUGUGGCACUGAUAUAUCAAGACAGGAGGGACAUGCUUCUCCUUGUCCACCUUUGCAGCCUGUUUCUGUCAUGUAGUUUGAACAAGAGUUACCUUUGAGUGUAAACUAAGGUAGACUACUCUGGGAAUAAGAACAUGGAAAGUGAGGAAAGGCUGUAGAAGGAAAUAUACCUUAACAGGCUGAUUUGGAGUAAGCCAGAAAAAAAAAAACAACUCAUUAUUUAUGUGGCUAAUUAUAAUUCAACAUUAUUUAAGCACAUAAAGACCACAAAAAAAAAAAAAAAAAAAAAUCUGAAAGAUCCAAACUUUUUUUAAACUUAAAAAAAUCACUUUGUAGUAUGUCAGUCGCACUUUUUUCUGCCAUAAUGUAAUGUAGCUUGCCCCGUCAAAAAUUCAGUUAAAAUUAAUAGCCAGCAAACCUGUUUCCCCCUCAGCAUCCUGAUUUAAUUUUCCCAUUGCUUUUGCUUGCUUCUCCAUUUAAUAGUUAGUGAACUUUAUGCAUGUUGAUCUGUAUUCUGAUUUUCACUGAACAGGAAACCCCAAAAUUAUUUUUUAGCAAUUGAAUGAACAAAUUAUUUUGGUGUGACAGCCAUGAUUCAAGUUCCAAUUAGUUUGAAAAGGGUACUUUGGAAUUGUCUCAUAUUAAUGAGAAGGAGCAACAGAAAAAGUUGCCAUAUUACCAAAUUGAUUUAAAAUUAUGGUUUUCAUUUUUGUUUACCUUAAAGUGAUGCUUAAAAUUUGCAUGUAAUUAGGACACUUAGAUUUGUUGAAAGCAUUUUUGAUAUUUGUAUAAAAGAUUUGUGAUAAAGUUAAUAUAUCCUGGUGCUCACCAAAGAAACAUGUAUGUAACAACUGAAAUUAGAUUUUUGUAACUGAUUAGUUUUCACUCAUUUAUAAUCAGUAGGAGAGACUGUCUAGAUGUUGGGGCAGCUCUAUGAUUUGAGUCUGUAACAUGUCAUAACUGAAUUAAGUACCCUAGUUUUAUGUUCAGCUGUUAGAACUUACUCCCCCUACCUCCCCAGGUUACCUAUAUCUCUUAAUGACUUCUGGAUCCUGAGCUCCCUUUGCAGUCUGAAAAAGGUAUUGCAGUCAGAACUGUGUACUGAUGAUAAAAGCCUCUGGUAGCAAUAAAAAGUUGUCCUUAA